AAGACUUUGCGCGCACAGGUGGUUUUAGAGUGGGGGAAAAAAGACAAACGAUGGCAAACUCCGGGAUCCAGCUGCUGGGAUUCUUCCUCUCACUCAUCGGUGUGGUCGGACUGAUUAUCGGGACUGUUCUGCCUCAGUGGAAGAUGUCAGCCUACAUCGGCGACAACAUCAUCACAGCCGUGGCCAUGUACCAGGGGCUGUGGAUGUCGUGCGCUUUCCAGAGUACGGGCCAGCUCCAGUGUAAGAUCUACGAUUCCAUCCUGCAGCUGGACAGUUCACUGCAGGCCACUCGAGCCUUGAUGAUCGUUGGCAUCAUUGUGUCCAUCACAGGGCUGGGUGUGGCCUGUAUGGGAAUGAAGUGCACCACCUGCGGAGGCAGCGACAAACUACGCAAGUCUCGGGUUGCCACGACAGGAGGCGUCAUCCUACUAGUCGGAGGAUUGUGCGCUAUCGUGGCAUGUUCCUGGUUUGCUCACAAUGUCAUCCGGGCUUUCUACAAUCCUUACACGCCUGUCAACACCAAAUUUGAAUUUGGUGCUGCCAUCUUCAUCGCAUGGGGUGGUUCCCUCCUCGACGUUCUGGGAGGAACCAUGCUAGCCGCUUCUUGUCCACGAAAGAAACACGCGUCUAAAUACCCACCCAUGGCUAGUUCCCGCACUGGGCCAACGAGUAGCACUAAGGAAUACGUCUGAGAGCGCCCCCUGCAGCCUGGGAGUCCAACACAAACAAGAUGUCGACAAUGACGGAUUGAGGCAAAGAAUUACUGAAAUGUGAUAGUUAUCGUACAUCUGGC